UCGAAUGGGCUUUGGGUAAACCCAUGAGAAGCUUGGCAAAGACGAAGAGAAGCGAACCCUAGCCACUAGCUAGUUAAGCUAAGUCAGAUUUGACCAGGCAGGACAGGCUCCACCACGAGGCCCCGUCAAGCUCAGGUUUUACUCUGCCUAGGGCCAACAGUUCGCCAAUUGAUUCUCAUCGUCUCCACUCCACUCAACAGUCGCCGUGAAAUAUUUCUAUUAUUUGUUUGCUGGUAGUGGAAUGAGUGGUCGCUUCUCUCGCACUAUCUAUGUCGGCAACCUACCCUCUGAUAUUAGAGAAUGGGAGGUUGAAGAUCUAUUCUACAAGUAUGGUCGUAUUUUGGAUAUUGAAUUGAAGAUUCCGCUCCGCCCUCCAUGUUUUUGUUUUGUUGAGUUUGAGGAUCCCCGGGAUGCUGAAGAUGCAAUCAGAGGUCGAGAUGGUUAUAACUUUGAUGGUUGUCGUUUGAGGGUUGAGCUUGCACAUGGUGGUAGAGGACAAUCCUCAAGUGAUCGUCGAGGCGGGUAUGGUGGCGCUGCGGCUAAGUUUGGUGUAUCACGUCAUUCUGAUUAUCGAGUUAUCGUUCGUGGGCUCCCUUCUUCUGCUUCCUGGCAAGAUUUGAAGGAUCACAUGCGAAAAGCUGGUGAUGUGUGUUUUGCGGAAAUUUCACGUGACAGUGAUGGGACCUUUGGUAUAGUUGAUUUUACCAAUUAUGAUGACAUGAAAUAUGCUAUCAGUAAACUUGAUGAUACUGAGUUUAGAAAUCCUUGGGCAAGAGCUUAUAUUCAGGUGAGGAGAUACGAGAGCAGCCCCUCCAGGAGUAGAAGUAGAAGCAGAAGCAGAAACCGUAGCAGAAGCCUCAGCGUUAAAAGAGACCGGAGUAAAUCACGGGAAAGACCUGCAUCCAACUCACCAGUUAAAGCAAGAUCUGUCUCUCCUGUUAAGUCAUAUAGAGCAAGAUCGAGGUCAAGGUCAAGGUCAGGAUCACCUGACAAGGUAGGCUGGAUCAGUUAGCCAUUGAUGUUCAUAUUCAAAAGAGACAGAAAGUCCAGCGUUGCUUGCAUUGAAGGAAAGAUUUAGGGGUAAGAUAUGUUGAAUGGUCUUAAGGAGAGUAUAAAUGGAUAGUGUCUAUGAGGACAAGUGAGGUUAGGAAUUAGUGGUUUUUCUUGGAGAUGAAGCAACUAUAUCUGAACUAAGUUUGGUCCUUUUUAUCUCAAUUUGAUAUUAACGGUGUUUUCUUUUAAAUAUUGCUCUAAUCUUGCUUGA